GCCACGCCCCACGCCGACGCCCGGCCCCCGGCCGCUCGCUGGGCCCCACGCGCCGGCCGUCGGCGCUGCGCCUGCGCGUCGCCGCGAGCGCGGGGCGGGACGGGCCGGGCGGAAGGGGAGGGGCUAGGCGGCACUUCCGCGGUUCGGGCGGGGAGGGUGCGAGUCACACUGAGUGAAAAAGCACCCAGUCUUUUUCAGUGACAACCAAGAUGAAUAUCUGCGUGCUGCCACCCCGUCCUUACCAGCAUUUCCUAAGAGGCCUUUCCCGAACACCUUUUCAGCGUUGCCGCUUCAUCUUUCACGCAAGUACUCACCUCGGAUCAGGAAUCCCAUGUGCUCAACCCCUUAAUUCUCUUAGACUCCAUUGUGCAAAGUGGAUGCUGCUGUCAAAGGGCUUCCAGAGAAAAUUAUCUGUACAAACAACUUUGAAGGACCCCACAGAAGGACUUUCUGAUAAAGAACAAAGAUUGGUGGAUAAACUUUAUACCGGUUUAAUCCAAGGGCAGAGGGCCUGCUUAGCAGAGUCCAUAACUCUCAUAGAAUCAACUCACAGCAGGAAAAAGGAGCUGGCUCAGGUGCUUCUUCAGAAAGUGUUAAUCUAUCACAGAGAACAAGAACAGUUAAAUAAAGGAAAACCACUAGCAUUUCGAGUGGGAUUGUCUGGGCCUCCUGGUGCUGGGAAAUCAACAUUUAUAGAAUACUUUGGAAAAAUGCUUACUGAGAGAGGGCACAAAUUAUCUGUGCUAGCUGUGGAUCCUUCGUCUUGCACCAGUGGAGGAUCACUCUUAGGUGAUAAAACGCGAAUGACUGAGUUAUCAAGAGAUAUGAAUGCAUACAUCAGGCCGUCUCCUACUAGAGGCACUUUAGGAGGUGUGACAAGGACUACAAAUGAAGCUAUUCUGUUGUGUGAAGGAGGAGGCUAUGACAUCAUUCUUGUUGAAACUGUAGGUGUGGGUCAGUCAGAGUUUGCUGUUGCUGACAUGGUGGACAUGUUUGUUUUACUACUGCCACCAGCUGGAGGAGAUGAAUUGCAGGGUAUCAAAAGAGGUAUAAUUGAGAUGGCAGACAUGGUAGCAAUAACUAAGUCUGAUGGAGACUUGAUUGCGCCAGCUCGAAGGAUACAGGCAGAGUAUGUGAGCGCACUGAAGUUACUCCGCAGGCGCUCGGCAGUCUGGAGACCAAAGGUGGUUCGUAUUUCUGCCAGAAGUGGAGAGGGGAUCACUGAAAUGUGGGAUAAGAUGAAAGAAUUCUGGGACCUAACACUUGCCAGCGGGGAGCUGAUUGCCAGACGACAAAAGCAACAGAAAGUCUGGAUGUGGAACCUCAUUCAGGAAAACGUGUUAGAGCAUUUCAGGAGUCACCCCACAGUCCGGGAGCAGAUUCCUGUUCUGGAACAAAAGGUCCUCCGUGGGGCCCUGGCCCCAGGGCUAGCAGCAGAUUUGUUGUUGAAGGCUUUUAAAAGCAGAGACUAAUAAAAUUUUUCCUGUACAAUAAUUUUAUAUAUAUAUAUAAAAAGUUGAUAGCAUUUUAAUAUUUAAAAAAAUCAUUUUUGUGUUUAUACUUUCCACAAUUCCUUUAUGGUGCUUUGUCAGUCAUACUUGAAAAUGCAAAGGAGGUUAGGUAUGUAUGACAAGAUUAGGCAGUUGGGCAGUGUUUCUGUGCUACCUGUUUCAUGUUACUGAUUUCCAUGUCUUCCUCUCCCUAAGCCCUGCUAUGGUGGCCCUGGGAUGGUGGCUCUCAUCAGUCAGGAGCAUGGAAAGCUGAGGAAGAGAGAAGAGAUCAUGUACCUUAAAAUGCUUGCUUUAAUUCUAAUGCUGUAUCCUCGUUUCUAGAGAAAAUCUAAGACUGGUCACAUUUGGAAGUCUUACUAGAGGCCAGCACAAUACAAAGUGGAUUUCAAAAGAAUUGAAAGUCAUGGUUAACACUUAGUGUACCAGACUAUUUUAUGAAUUUCUAAAAUGGCCUUGACUCUUCAUAAUUGCCCUGUAAUGCAAUUACCUGCUUUUGCUCAGCUUUUAUGGUUAUUACUCAAGCUGCACUGAAAACAGCAGCUAAUGAACAAUGUACACUCUCAUGUAUCCAACCUUUAAUGAGUAAAAGAAAAAGAAAAAUGAAAAAUCAAUGAAAACCAUUCAAACACGGCACUCACCUGAUAGGUUGCCAUAAUAGAAAUCUCUUUAGCUCUUGCUAAAAACUGGUAAACUUCAAGGAGUCCAAGAGGGAAGGAACUUCUGUGACCAAUCUACCUGUGCGGCUGGUGGGGCUUCAGUGCUCCUGAGGCCUCGGACAUCCAGGUGGGGCUUCCUAAACACAGGGCUCCUAAGCCAGAUGUUAGGAAACCCCAUAGAAGGGUGGAUUCUUAGCACCCAAGUGGGAAUCUCCCGGUGACACUGUAAUUCAGGUAGAACUUCAGAGUGGUGACGGGCACAAAGAUUAAAUGUAGGUGAUAGUAUACAAGGCAAAAAUAAAGAAUUGAUGAAUAAGUCGAAAUUUUCCUUGAAGGGACUCGUGUAGUGGCAUAGUAGCUAAAGCCACUGCUUAACAACACUGGCAUCCCAUAUGAGCACCAGUUUGAGUCCCAUCUGCUCCGUUCUCACCCAGUUCCCUGCUGGUGUGCCUGGGAGGGCAGCAGAAAUUGGCCCAAGUACUUGGGCCCCUGCCACCCACAUUGGAGAACCCGAUAGAGUUCCUGGCUCUCAGCUUCAGUUAUAGGCAUUUGGUGAGGGAACCAGAAAAUGGAAGAUUCAUUCAUUCAUUUAUUCAUUCUCUCUCUCCCCCACCCUCUGUCUCUCUCCUGCCUCUCUUCCUCCCCCCUCCCUAUCUCCCUCUCUCCCGCUUUUUCCUAUGCCUCCCAACUUUGUAUUUCAAAUAAAAAUCUUUUUAAAAUUUUUUUUGUUGGAAAAAAAUCAGACUUGCUAACCUAUUUGGUUUUCUUCACUAUAAUAUUUUGAUUAGUUGGUUAAUAAAUUUAUGAACUUUUUAAA